UUCUGGCGUUGUUUUGCGAGCUUUUCGACCCCUGAGCUUCCAGUCCCGAACGUUAUUCUCGCCACUGGCCGCACAAACUCCCCCUCCCGUCCGCAACCCCUGACUGCCAUAUCAACAAUCGGAUUACGAGAUCAGAAUGCCGCCAGCACCGGGCAAUGGCCGCGUUUCUGUUUUCAGCAACCAACCCGCAGGCUAGGUUGUUUCUGCAUCAACUCCACCGCCGGCAAGGUCGCUGGAUUCUCUUAAUCUUUCUCAAUGUGUGUUCCUGCUCCCUUCAUAUCACAUACCGGGCACGUACCAUAUCGGCCGCGGCCCACAGUCCACUGACGCGUCCACGGUUCCGACCUGUCCCAGAGAGUUCGCCAUGGCAUUUGGCUGCCUCGCGUUAUUGUCCGCGUUGCCUGCAUCCCCCGGCGGCAUCACACAGUAUGGAGGACCUACCAGCUGGUCAGCACUACCCCUCGUCGACACCUUGCGGUGCCCAAACCGAUAAAAUGUCCUCAAACCAACCGUGGCCAACAGAGUCCUCGGUCAACAACCCACACGACAUCCACCUAGUUGCCAUCCCAUCCGAAGGAGUGCGCAUCGUUAGACCUUGGGAACAGGGGGUUAAUAAUCCCGUUCCCAAUCCCCGUCUGUGAUUGGCGCCUCACCGGCCUUUGGUCCAUGCACGACGGUGAUCAAUGUUCCUCUUCCCUUCGGAUCAUAACGGGACCAGCACGCUGCUUCCCCCGGCCACGGUUCUGAUCAAUCACAGUCCCGCAUGAUAUCCAUUUAUUUUCGAACUUGUGUUCAGUUACCUAUAUCCAGUUCUGGGAAAUGGACUUUCCAGCGGGGCGAGCGGGUCUGUGUCUCCCGGCAAGGUCAUGUCGUCGACCUAGC